AUGGGCAUGUGGAAUUGGAAUGCCAGGACUGGAACAGCUUCAGAACAAUACCAGACUGCAGCUGUGAAUGAAGCCACUUGUACCUGGAGUGGUCAGCUUCCUCCUCGAAACUACAAGAACCCUGUCUAUUCCUGUAAGGUGUUUCUAGGAGGAGUUCCUUGGGACAUCACGGAAGCUGGAUUGAUUAACACCUUCCGUGUAUUUGGCUCUUUGAGUGUGGAAUGGCCUGGGUAUGUGUACCUGGUGUUUGAGCUGGAGAAAUCUGUGCGGGCACUGCUCCAAGCUUGUUCCCAAGACCCACUAAGUCCAGAUGGCCUGAGCGAGUAUUACUUCAAGAUGUCCAGCCGCAGGAUGCGUUGUAAGGAGGUGCAAGUUAUCCCCUGGGUAUUGGCUGAUAGCAACUUUGUCCGGAGCCCAUCACAAAGGCUGGAUCCCAGCAGAACAGUCUUUGUUGGGGCGCUACAUGGGAUGCUCAACGCAGAGGCCCUGGCUGCAAUUGUGAAUGAUCUGUUUGGAGGAGUAGUGUAUGCUGGUAUUGACACGGAUAAGCACAAGUAUCCUAUUGGGUCUGGCAGAGUGACUUUUAACAAUCAACGCAGUUAUCUGAAGGCAGUCAGCGCUGCUUUUGUGGAGAUCAAAACUACCAAGUUCACCAAGAAGGUUCAGAUUGACCCUUACCUUGAAGACUCUCUGUGUCACAUCUGCAGUGCUCAGCCAGGUCCGUUCUUCUGUCGAGAUCAGGUCUGUUUCAAGUACUUCUGCCGAAGCUGCUGGCACUGGCGACACAGCCCAGAGGGCCUUCGUCACCAUCGCCCACUGAUGCGUAACCAGAAGAGUCGAGACUCCAGCUAG